UCGGGGCCAGGAGCCUGGGAAAUAGAGGCGAUUGCUCACUGGACUGAGGGGCCGAGAGGGGGCGGGGGAAGAAGCGAGGCGAGUCGGGUCGCAGACGUUGCCCUCGAGGACCCUCAGUGAGCCCUGGCCAACCCUCCUAGUCCUUAUCAAGUCGGGCACGGCCUUGCACAGGAGAGCCCCACGUUUUACCCUGAGCUCGGGCCUUCUGAGGCGGGAGGUACGGACGGGCUCCGUGCUGAGGGACCUGGUCGGGUGUGUCUGUCCUGAGUUGAGCGUUAUUGACAACCAGGACGGCCCGGUGCGCUAACCUGAGGCGGCGCCGGCCAUUCUGCUGCUUGUCCCCUUGCACUUCUCCAUUUCCUCCUAGGGCUUGAAUGGGGUCUUCAGCUGAGGGCUCUACGCGUGCCCUUCGAACCUGCUCCGAGUAAUGGUGAGGGGGUAGUGUGGCGUUAUUUCAUUUCACAGCUUCUCGGCCUUCCACAGGUUUCCCUCCGUCUCAGGCACUUUCUUAAGCCAGAAGCUGGCUUCCCAGGUUCAGAAAAUGAGCUUGGAGUGGGGGCCACGUUGAGGGAGGCGAAGGGCAUUGUGGGGGCGUUAUGUAAAAGCAGGACACCCCCCCCCCCAACCGACGGAUCGUCCCGGGUCCUCGCGCCAAAGGGGCACGCGAGGCCCUGGGGGCAUAAGCUGUUGAGAAGGUUCCAGGGCGGGAAUCCGGACCCGGUGCUUUGCGCACGCCUGUGCGCCCAGUACGGAAGCAACCCAGACUGCACCAUCCCGAAGUCUUGAAGUCUUCCCGAGAAGCGUCAUGAUUUCGUGGCUUCCUUUGGGAUGAGGAAACCCCAAAGUAGGAUCCAGGAAGAUUUAAAGGGUGCCUGGAGGUGGCUGUGGCCACUGCAAGGGCCACUAGGAAGUUGAUUUGUCUGUCUCAUCCUCCCCUGGCCCAGCCUCAUUCUUUCAGUUCUUGGAAAGGCUAUGUUCAAGCCCUCCCUCAUCUCGUUCACCCCAGCCACUGACCCCAGUGACCUCUGGAAGGAUGGGCAGCAGCAGCAGUCACAGCCUGAGGAGCCAGAGGCCGCCCUGGAUGGGGCUACUGCCAGAGCUUUCUACGAGGCCCUCAUCAGGGAUGACAGCAGUGCCCUUGAGCCCAAGGCAUCUCAACCUGAGCCUGCACUGGAAAGAAAGAGGAAGAGGAGAAGAACUAUGAGGGAGACAGCAGCAGAAACAGGGUCUGCAGGAGCACCGGAAAGACAUGGACAGUGGAGAUCCCCUGAGGCCGAGGACAAGAUGACGCAGCAGAUCCUGAGGGCAGCCCAGGAGGGAAACCUGGCAGAACUGCGAAAGCUGUUGGAACCCCAUGAGGCAGGGGGAGCUGGAGGGAAUAUCAACGCCCGGGAUGCCUUCUGGUGGACUCCCCUGAUGUGUGCUGCCCGGGCGGGCCAGGAGGCUGCUGUGCGCUAUCUCCUGGGCCGUGGGGCUGCCUGGGUGGGUGUCUGUGAGCUGAGUGGCAGGGAUGCUGCUCAGCUGGCUGAAGAAGCCGGCUUCUCCGAGGUGGCUCGCGUGGUCAGAGAGAGCCAUGGAGAGACAAGAAGCACAGAGAACCGGUCCCACACCUCUUCUCCCCAGUACUGUGAGACCUGUGAUGCCCAUUUCCAAGACUCCAACCACCGCACAUCUACUGCUCACCUGCUGUCAUUGUCUAAGGAUUGUCAGUCCCCCAACGUUGGCCUUGGGGUGCCCACCACCAGCCCAGGUUUCCAGCUGCUAUUGCGGGGAGGCUGGGAGCCAGGAAUGGGGCUGGGACCCCGAGGUGAGGGCCGAGCCAACCCCAUCCCCACUGUCCUCAAGAGGGACCAGGAAGGAUUAGGCUACAGAUCACCACCCCAGCCCCGAGUCACACACUUCUCAGCUCGAGAUACCCGGGCUGUGGCCGGAAGGAUGAGAGGCCCUCGGGUGGCUACACUGAGCCGGAGGGAGGAGCGAAGGCAAGAGGAACGGGACAAAGCCUGGGAGCGGGAACUGAGAACAUAUAUGAACCUUGAGUACUGACCUUGAUCGAGCCUGGCCCUGGUCUGCUGCUGAAGUCUGAAUUGGCCCCUGGCCUGGGCACUUUGACUUGACUUUCUGGGAUCUGGCCAGGUACAGAACUUCAGUUUUUGAUCAGUGGGCUGAGAGUUGAGAAAUAAAUUAAGCAUCUCCAUCUCUCUUGGUUUAUUCAGUUUUCUGGAAGCUGUUGUGG